CCUCAAAAUCCUCCAUUUCUAAAGGGGAUAGAAUGCUAGGAGAGAGACGGACCGGACGACCAUAUGGAGAGUGUCUGGCAAACUCCCACAAAUCCUCCUCAACGCCACGUUUACAUUUCCGUGACGGCAUAAGAUAUGUGCGGCCCUACUAUUUUGAGUUCAUUUCACAUGCUAAGAAUAGGUGGGCUGGGAAGACGAUUGUGGAUUUGUUUGCUGAUGAAUUUGAAGGGCGGGAUCGCGAUUAUUAUGUGUGUGCAGUGAAGGCUGGACGUAUACAAGUUGAUGGACAGAUUGUACCUGUGUCGUAUUCGUCACAAAAGAUAAGCCAUUUUCCACUGGUUUGUAUUGGUCCGAGUAGCUUUAUUAUCUUUUUUCCUCUCUUAAUCCUUUGGAUAGAGUAUCCAGAAGUGUAUGUUGACUUAUUUUCUGAUGGCUGUCCUCUCUAUUUUUUUUUUUUCGCUAUUGCUUUUGACUAUGAUGUGAUUAGAGUAAUUGACAUAAUGAAGCACGAACCCCCAGUUUCGGCGAAUGAUAUUCAGAUUCUUCAUAGUGAACCGGAUGUCCUAACUGUAUAUAAACCUGGAUCAGUUCCUUUGUACAGAGAAGUAUGCACCAAAAGUUCCACCAAAGGAUUCAUUGCAGAUAGAGCUGCAAAUAAUUCAGGGCUUCCUUCAAAAUCCACUAAUUGGGAUAUUCAUGUCCCCCUUUCCAGAGAUAAUCCUGUUGAAGAUUUUGCCAUUGAUCCUAUGUGUACCAACUGUCCAAAUCUGGCACCUAAUGGAUAUGAUGGUCGUGAAGAAGGGUUAUGGUUGCACUGUGUUAGAUACUCCGGGCCUGGGUGGACUUAUGAGUGCCCAUAUCCUGACAGGACAUCUCUUAGCUAGUAUUUCUUUUUUUGACUAGGCAUAUGAUGUUAGAUUGACGUUUAUUAUUGUACUAGUAAAAUGCACGUGCGAUGCACGUGGUGACGAAUGUUUUUUGUCGAUUAAUUUUAGUAAGAUGAAUUAAUUAAUUUAUUAAACAUAUGAUUGCAGUAAG